AUGCCCAGAGGAAACCAUAAUCCAGAUGGCAACUUUUUCAGAGGGAAAGGACGCAGCUAUUUUGCAGCAGAAGAAGCUUUGGGUAUUGGACUCCUCAUUCUGGUGCUGGCAAUUUUCCUUAUCUGUGGCUGCUGGUACUACAAAAGACGUAGUGGCUAUAAAAGUCUGCGGAGUAAAAGCUCUAGUGUGGGGACAAUACGAACCACAGUAAGUGAGGGGAAAACACUGGACUGCAAAAUGCCUCUGCAUGAGUACCGAAACUUUAAUUCUGUGGUGCCUGAUGCUCCACCAGCUUAUGAAAAAAUUGCUGCAGAUCAGUCACCACCACCUUAUUCACCAUGA